UUAAACAAGGCGUGAAAGGAGAUUUGGAUGAAGAUUUGGCAAAGGCGAUAGAGCAGAGCAUUCUUGAGCUCGGAAGGUUACUUGCGAAAACUGGUCAGGCAGAAGAGCUUGGAGGGUUAAUCCAGUAUAUCAGGCCAUUUUUGUCAUGUAUCAGCAAGGCAAAGGCAGCCAAGCUUGUGCGAGCAUUAGUGGAUAUAUUACUGGACAUGGAACUAAACACUGGAAAAGUGGUUCAGUUAUGUAAAGAAUGCAUUGAAUGGGCUAAGGAAGAGAAGCGAACAUUUUUGCGGCAGAGCUUAGAGGCACGUCUUGUUGCUCUUUACUAUGACACAAAGGAAUACACAAAUGCAUUGUCAUUAGCAUCACAACUGCUUAGGGAAUUAAAAAAGCUAGAUGACAAGAACCUGCUAGUUGAGGUGCAGCUGUUGGAGAGCAAGACCUAUCAUGUACUCAGCAACCUUCCAAAAGCCAGGGCCGCGCUGACGUCGGCGCGGACGACGGCAAACUCGAUCUACUGCCCGCCGAAGAUGCAGGCGGCGCUCGACAUGCAGUCGGGCAUCCUGCACGCGGCCGAUGAGCGCGACUUCAAGACGGCCUUCUCCUACUUCUACGAGGCGUUUGAGGGCUACGACUCAAUCGAGCUGACGCCGCGCGCCGUCACCGCACUCAAGUACAUGCUGCUGUGCAAGAUCAUGCUGAACUGCCCUGACGAUGUACAGAGCCUGAUCAGUGGUAAGCUAGGCCUCAAGUAUGCCGGACCUGAGAUAGAGGCGACAAAGAGCAUUGCCCAGGCCAGUCACAAGCGUUCUCUUGCAGAUUUCCAGCAGACACUGGAGCGGUACCAGGCGGAGUUGGUGCAGGACCCCAUCGUUCACGCGCAUCUCGACUCUCUUUACGAUGACCUCCUAGAAAAGAACCUUUGCAGGAUCAUCGAACCGUACUCUCGCGUGCAGGUGGAGCAUGUAGCUAAGGCUAUUAAUCUGCCAAUAGACACGGUGGAGAGAAAGCUCUCUCAAAUGAUUCUGGACAAGAAGUUCAGUGGUAUCUUGGAUCAGGGAGAGGCCGUUCUGAUCGUCUUCGAGGAGGCGACCGUGGACAAGACGUACGAGACGUCGCUGGAGACGAUAAACAACAUGGGGAAGGUCGUCGACGCUCUCUAUCAGAAAGCAAAGAAACUAACAUAACGUGAGCGCGAGGGCAGCGGCGAGUGUUCAGAGCGCGCUUGCGCUAUCCUCGCUCCGUCUGUCGACGCGGCGAUUCAUGACGGAAAAUGCGCUUUUGCAUUUUCUCAGCAGACGUCAGCGGGGAGGGGGGGGGGAGGGUCGAUGUCGUCUGCACUCGGAGGUCACGUUUGCAUUUUUCUUGGGCGAGCGAGCAUGUCGAGUAGUAGCGUAACAGUUUCUCCCGCUGUAUCUUCCAGCGUUGGUUUAUUCUUGGACGUUCACGCGUAUCAUCUGCAUAUAUGCUAUUAGUGUGCAGUAGUUGAUGAGAGGACAUGGAUUGGUUGUUAUAUUGACUGACCCGGUUACAAACAAAACAUCUAGCACUGCAUAUGAAAUGUGUGACUAUCAGUACUCACAGGUGUCGAAGUAUAUAUAUGAGAGCAUUUAAUGGAGCAGAGAUUGCUACCAGUAGUUAUUACUGUACAUAGAUCAAUGGGUACAUGUAUCACUCCAAGAAUUUAAUUUAAAAUGAAAUUUUGCACUUUAAAAAAAAUCUAGUAGGCAUAGUGACUAAAAAUACUCGCAAUACCACGUUUUUGGUAAUUAUCUGGCUGCAUUAUAUUUAUAUAUGUAUAUAUAUAUAUGAAGUGAGCCUGCAAUUAAUACAAGGCAAUGCAAUCGAUUAAUGUUUGAGUGCGUUUUCCAACUAAUGCCAGCAAAGCAUUGCUGGCUGAUUAAGGUGGAAGUACAUAACUUUACGUCUAGGUAAUUGAGUGAUUUUGGAGUGGUAGAUUUUCUCAUUCAUCUAUUUUUUAUUACUUAUUUCCUUCUAUUCGUCAAGUGAAUAAAAUAACAAAUAUUUUGAGAAAGACA